GCUUUAAAAACAAAACAAAAUACAUUUAGCCUUCUGUAGUGGGUUCAUAAGGAAACAUACACUUCUAGUGUUACUCUAAAUAAGCUACACAAAACGUGGUUGACCUUUAUUACGCCGUUAUAGCCGGCAUAACGUAAAGCGAGUGUUUUGCUUGACAUUUCAACGCACCAAUCAGCCGCUGAGGAGCUGAUUGAGUCUACUUCCCUACACUGGGAGAGCUGAGGGGAAGCGGACGCACAGCUCGCACGGAUAUCUCAUCAUCAGCCACGGUACACGGUCAGAUCGCCUGUGAGAGACCUCCGGGACACAGCGGGCCAUCAACUUCUCUUUCCCCCCGGUUACGGUGUCUGCUGCAGGGAGAUGGCGGGUAUUUUGGCGUGGUUUUGGAACGAGAGGUUCUGGCUCCCCCACAAUGUAACCUGGGCUGAUUUAAAAAACACAGAUGAAGCAACGUUCCCGCAAGCCGAGGACCUGUAUCUGGCUUGUCCUUUAGCAUUCUGCAUCUUUAUGAUUCGGCUGGUUUUUGAAAGGUUUAUUGCAAGACCAUGUGCCAUGGGCCUGAAGAUCCAAACCAACGGGCCACAGAAAGCACAACCCAACGCUAUACUGGAGAAGGUUUUCACUGCUAUAACCAAGCAUCCAGACGAGAAAAGGUUGGAGGGUCUGUCCAAACAGCUCGACUGGGAUGUGCGGACCAUCCAGCGCUGGUUCAGACAACGCCGAAACCAGGAGAAGCCCAGCACCCUCGCACGAUUCUGUGAAAGCAUGUGGAGAUUUACAUUCUAUCUAUACAUAUUUACUUAUGGAGUGCGUUUCCUUAAAAAGGUAAGUUUUCCUUACUUACAGAUGAGCACCAGAGUGCUGCUAUGACUUAAGGUUAG